CAUUAUCGUUUCGCGAAUUGUUUGAAAAGUGCCGGCUCCUUUUUCCGCAACUCAAAGCUUUUCACGCGUUUUUUAGUUCGAAUAAUACGUUCUUCUGCGACGUUAUCGGUUUUUCCGAAGCAACGGCCUCAAAAUUGAUCCCUCGAAGAUGGUGUCCACUCGUGGUCCCAAAUACAAAUUUUCGGACGGGGAGAAAGUUCUCUGCUACGAACCGGAUCCGACCAAGGCUAAAGUCCUCUACGAUUCAAAGGUACUGGAAGUGUCCGAAGGACGCGACAAACGGGGCCGUCGAGUGAUCGAGUAUCUGAUCCAUUUCCAAGGGUGGAACUCUUCCUGGGACCGAAAAGUAAGCGAGGAUUUUAUCCUCAAAGAUACGGAUGAGAACCGGCAAUUGCAGAAAGAUUUAGCUGAAAAAUCUCAAUUGCACCAAGGAACUUACCUUUACCGGAAGGAACGAAAAAAACAUAAAGAUAAAUCGCUGUCGGCCCGUAUCGAAAGCCUCACGGCCGGAGCCCACAAAGUGUCCAUGCAUCAGCAACCAUUUCCUCCACAUCCUAUGUCGCAACAUGCACAACAACUUUCCCAUCCAAAUCAGCAGCACCAGUUGCCAGCACCUUUAUUAUCGGACGACGCCCUGCCUGGGCCAAGUAGCAACAUUCCCAGUACUUUAGGACUGAGCCGUCCAGAUGAACCAGAUUUCCAUCUCGAUGCUGUUACGCUUGACGGUGAUACCGAGUACUACAGCAGCUCGGUCGAGAGCAGCCACGAAGAGGACAAAGUCUAUUUGCAGGUCGGCGCUAAGCUCAAACGUUUUCUCGAAUUCGACUAUCGGAUGAUUUCCGAUAAUAUUUUGACCAAGAUACCGGCACAACUUCCAGUAGUUACGAUAUUGGAAAAUUUUGUACGCCAUUAUACUAUUCGGCAGCUGUUCGAUCUUGGCCAGGAGCAGGCAAAACUGAGACGUCGUAAUAGUUCUUUUCUGAAGGGUGAUCAGAAAACUAAAGACUAUGAAGCCAUCCGUAUUAACGUUGACCUUUGCAAGGAAGUAGCUGACGGCCUGCGGCUAUAUUUCGAUUUCACGCUCAAGGAUCACCUGCUGUAUGCGCAGGAAAAAUAUCAAGCCGAACUUGUUUUGUCGGAUGCAUAUUUGGCGAAUUUCACCUACGUUGUAUGUCCCAAUCUUUCAUUGGAACUUUUGGCUAUUCGUCUUGAUUCGCCAACUGUAGAAACGGGAACGGAUCACAUCGAUGCAACGUUAGCCGGGAGCUCAACAGCUGCUCAAGAGGAGAAAAAACGUAGAAGACUACGUUCGCACAAAAAUGAAGAGAACGAAUUCCUGCUAGAUCUCAGCAUUAUCAAGCAGGAAUCUUUUUCCCCGGGAAAUACUCAAUCGCUGGCAUAUUCUCUUCUGAAGUCAGCUUUUCCAUCGAACAUUACCAUCUCAUUCCAAACCAAGGAAAUUCUCGAGGACGUUUUCAGCUGGAAACUAUUGCCGUCGGAUGCUCCAGCUGAACCAUCAAUGAUCUAUGGUGCAGUACACUUGGCUCGAUUGAUCAUCAAGCUACCCGAAUUUCUCUCCGUCACUACUAUGGGUGAUGAAAAGUUGAAACUGCUGCUGAAAUUUUUGGACAGUUUUUCCGAGUUCAUUGAAGAGCACGAAGAGUGGUUCUCGAGAGAUGUGUACAGCGAUAAGUGUCUCCUGGGUGAUGUCGUGAAGCUGGAAAAUCCAGCGCACUUAGGACCCAGCUGCAUUCAGAUUAAGGAAGAAGAUUUAGAUCUGCACGGAAGCGACGGCAUGAUGGCGGGGCCGUUGCUUUCCGAUGUGAAGGUUGAAAACACCACCUUGUUGCAGUGAAACGUGGUUGGGAGCGAACUUUGCGUAGAAAUGAAAAGUGUCGUCAUAAACGUGUUGGUUUUAUUUCCGGAAAGUAUGAGAAAGCUUC